AUGGGACUAUGCCCACUGAGUUGGACAAACAACAAGGAGGCCAGUGUGUGUGGACUGGGUGAUGGGAAUGGUCGAGGGAGCUCGGGAUGUCAGGAGUGGGUCCAGGCCAUGCAAGGCUUUGUGGGCUGUGCUGCCUCUGCCUUCCAGGUGAAGCAGAUCAUGGAGGAGGCCGUCACGCGCAAGUUUGUCCACGAAGACAGCAGCCACAUCAUCUCCUUUUGUGCGGCUGUGGAGGCCUGCGUCCUGCAUGGGCUUCGGCGGCGGGCGGCUGGCUUCCUGCGUAGCAACAAGAUCGCAGCUCUCUUCAUGAAGGUGGGCAAGAGCUUCCCUCUGGCUGAGGAUCUGAGCCGCAAGGUCCAGGACCUGGAGCAGCUGAUCGAGAGCGCGCGAAACCAGAUCCAGGGCCUCCAGGAGAACGUGCGGAAGCUGCCGAAGCUGCCCAAUUUGUCCCCACUUGCCAUCAAGCACCUGUGGAUCCGCACAGCCUUGUUUGAGAAGGUCCUGGACAAAAUUGUGCAUUACCUUGUGGAAAACAGCAGUAAAUACUAUGAGAAAGAAGCUCUCUUGAUGGACCCUGUGGAUGGCCCUAUCCUUGCGUCUUUGCUGGUGGGGCCCUGUGCCCUAGAGUACACAAAGAUGAAGACUGCAGAUCACUUCUGGACUGACCCCUCAGCUGAUGAGCUGGUCCAGAGGCACCGCAUCCACAGCUCACACCUGCGGCAGGACUCGCCCACCAAGCGUCCAACCCUCUGUAUCCAGAAGAGGCAUUCGAGUGGCAGCAUGGAUGACCGGCCAUCCCUCUCUGCCCGUGACUAUGUGGAGUCCCUACAUCAGAACUCCCGUGCCACCCUGCUGUAUGGCAAGAACAACGUUUUGGUUCAGCCGAGGGAUGACAUGGAGGCUGUGCCAGGGUACUUGUCCCUGCACCAGACGGCUGACAUCAUGACCUUGAAGUGGACGCCCAACCAGCUGAUGAAUGGAUCUGUGGGGGACCUGGACUAUGAGAAGAGUGUCUACUGGGACUAUGCCAUGACCAUCCGCUUGGAGGAGAUUGUCUACCUGCACUGCCACCAGCAAGUGGACAGCGGCGGGACAGUGGUGUUGGUCAGCCAGGACGGGAUCCAGAGGCCACCCUUCCGCUUCCCCAAGGGUGGGCACCUCCUGCAAUUCCUCUCGUGCCUGGAGAAUGGGCUACUCCCUCAUGGGCAGCUGGACCCGCCACUGUGGUCCCAGCGGGGGAAGGGCAAAGUGUUUCCCAAACUGCGCAAACGAAGCCCUCAGGGUUCUUCCGAGUCCACAUCUUCAGACAAGGAAGAGGACGAGGCCACAGACUAUGUGUUCAGGAUCAUCUACCCCGGCAUGCAGUCUGAAUUUGUUGCCCCCAACCUCUUGGGCAGCACUGCCCCUGUCUCCGUGGGCCCUGACUGGAUGAUGGUUCCUGGAGGCCAGUCCAUGCUGGUGGUGGCCAGGGGGACUCGGUGGGCACAAACCAGAUGGGACACCACCCUCCCCACAGCAAGCCCGAAGGAGCAGCCCCCCAUCCCACAGGAUCUGAUGGAUGUCUCCGUGAGCAACCUCCCACCCCUAUGGCAACCCAGUCCCCGGAAAUCCUCCUGCUCAUCCUGUUCACAGAGUGGCUCAGCCAAUGGCAGCUCAACCAAUGGCUGCAGCCAUGAGAGGGCUCCUCUGAAACUUCUCUGUGACAAUAUGAAGUACCAGAUCCUUUCCAGAGCCUUCUAUGGAUGGCUUGCCUACUGCAGACACCUUUCCACCGUGAGGACCCACCUGUCAGCCCUGGUCAAUCACAUCAUUGUGUCUCCGGAUGUGCCCUGCAAUGCUGGACAGGGGCUGACGGCUGGGAUCUGGGAGCAGUACCUUCAAGACAGCACAAGUUACGAGGAGAAGGAGCUGCUGCGCCUCAUCUACUAUGGGGGCAUCCAGCCAGACAUCCGCAGGGCCGUGUGGCCCUUCCUCCUAGGCCACUACCAGUUCGGGAUGACGGAAAUAGAAAGGAAGGAGGUGGACGAGCAGAUUCAUGCCUGCUAUGCACAGACCAUGGCUGAGUGGCUGGGCUGUGAGGCGAUCGUGAGGCAGAGAGAGCGUGAGUCCCAUGCAGCUGCCCUGGCCAAAUGCUCGUCGGGGGCCAGCCUGGACAGCCACCUACACCGGAUGAUGCACAGGGACUCCACCAUCAGCAACGAGUCCUCCCAGAGCUGCAGUUCGGGCCACCAGAACAUCCGCCUGCCCAGCGACUCCAGCAACAGCACACAGGUGUUUGAGUCUGUGGAUGAGGUGGAGCAGGUGGAGGUAGAAGGCAGGUUGGAAGAGAAACAGCCCAAGAUCCCCAAUGGAAACCUGGUGAAUGGCACUUGUUCCCCAGACUCUGGUCAUCCUUCCUCCCACAACUUCUCCUCAGGCCUCUCGGAGCACUCGGAGCCCAGUCUGAGCACAGAAGACAGUGUGUUGGAUGCCCAACGGAAUGCCCCCUUGGUGCUUCGACCUGCGGACAGCAGCAUGGAGGAUAGGCAGAGCAGCGAGGCCACCACAUCCCGGGAUGAGGCCCCCCGUGAGGAGCUGGCUGUGCAGGACAGCCUGGAGAGCGACCUCCUCACCAACGAGAGCAUGGAUGAGUUCAUGUCCAUCACUGGCAGCAUGGACGUGGCUCUGCCUGAAAAGGAUGGCACCACCAUGGAGGGCUGGCAGGGCAGUGAGGUGGAAAAGCAGAGCCAGGUGGACAGUGAGGACAACCUCUCAGAGGAGCCUGAGAUGGAAAGCCUCUUCCCUGCCCUGGCUUCUCUGGCCGUGACCACUUCUGCCAACAAUGAGGCAUCUCCUGUGUCUUCCAGUGGCGUCACUUACUCUCCAGAGCUGCUGGACCUCUACACAGUGAAUCUGCACCGGAUCGAGAAGGACGUGCAGAGGUGCGACCGCAACUACUGGUACUUCACACCCGCCAACUUGGAGAAGCUGCGCAACAUCAUGUGCAGCUACAUCUGGCAGCACAUUGAGAUCGGCUAUGUCCAAGGCAUGUGUGACCUCUUGGCUCCACUGCUGGUCAUUCUUGAUGAUGAAGCCCUCGCCUUCAGCUGCUUCACAGAGCUCAUGAAGAGGAUGAACCAGAACUUCCCCCAUGGAGGCGCCAUGGACACGCACUUUGCCAACAUGAGGUCGCUGAUCCAGAUCCUGGACUCUGAGCUUUUUGAGCUGAUGCAUCAGAACGGGGACUACACUCACUUCUACUUCUGCUACCGCUGGUUCCUGCUGGAUUUCAAGCGAGAACUCAUCUAUGAUGAUGUCUUUUCUGUCUGGGAAACCAUCUGGGCAGCCAAACACGUCUCGUCUGCCCACUACGUCCUGUUCAUCGCACUGGCUCUUGUGGAAGUCUACCGCGACAUCAUCUUGGAGAACAACAUGGAUUUCACAGACAUCAUCAAAUUCUUUAAUGAAAUGGCCGAGCGACACAACACCAAGCAAGUCCUAAAGCUGGCCCGGGACCUCGUGUACAAGGUGCAGACUCUGAUUGAGAACAAGUGA